UUCUUGUCGAGUUGCCAAUGUUUUCACUGUAUCCUGUAUCUUGUUGCAAAGGGAGUACAGAGACGUAUACGUUGCUUAGAUUCACGUGGGCACUACUGCAGCGCUUCCUUGUGAAUAAAAGGAAAAAGAGAAAGUACUUUGAUUUUUGUUGAUUGCAACUGUGGCCCACAUGUCUGAUUUGCUUUAUCGUUUACUCAGGUCCCCGAGCCUUAGAUCCCAUCUUUUGGAACGUCCUAGUAUCUUCCAUUGUGUGACAGACAGUCUAGUCUGUCGUUGCUGAGUUGUGACUUAAUAUUUGUUAAGUAGGAUCACACUGUCUGAUGAUCUGCUUAUCCAGUUUGCUGCUUCGUCAUGUGUCAUUGAUAUAAUCUAUCUUGCCGAACAACGUGUUUUGAUUAUUUGGUCUCUGAUCAUCUUGACAUUGUAUUGUAUUUGCUGAAGGCUUUGGGUGUGAAUAUGCAGUCUGGAGCUGGAGAUUUGAGAUGCUCUAUGCAAGUUGAGGGCACUUGUAGGCGAAGUAAUAAUGUAAAGGAUAAUGAUGUUCUCUCUUGUAAUACCGUAUCCGAGAAGGAAGUGGAGCUUAAAAGAUCUGAUAGAAGAACAUCGAACGGAACCAUUGUCAAUGGUGCAGGGGAUGACUGUUUUAGCAACCUCGCAGGUGCAUCGAGUACCUCAAAUGCUGAGGUGCACCAGCAGGAUUCAGAGCUAGAACUGUACAAAGAGGGCCGGACAGAGCAAGUUGGUGCAGAUAUGAAGAGGCGAGCAUAUACGUGGUGUAAAGAGUUUUUGUCCGGAUCUUGGCGACUUAUUACAGAGCAAGAGUUUCAGAUUAGUAUUGUUAGUGGUGGCCUCAGUAACCUGCUCUUUUUGUGCUGUCUGCCAGACCAUGUCCUUAGUGUUGGAGAUGAGCCACGCCAGGUAUUGCUUCGUGUUUAUGGGGCCAUCCUACAGGGAGUUGAUUCACUUGUUCUGGAAAGCGUCAUGUUUGCAAUUUUGGCAGAGCGAACACUGGGACCACGAUUAUAUGGAGUUUUUCCACAGGGCCGCCUGGAGCAGUACAUUCCAAGCCGACGCUUGCUGGCAGAUGAGCUAAGUCUUCCUGACAUUUCUAGUGAGAUUGCAGUGAAGAUGUCUCGAUUCCAUGGCAUGGUCAUGCCUUUCAACAAAGAGCCCAAAUGGUUGUUUGAGACCAUAGAAAGGUACAUGAGUCAGAUUUCCAGCAUCUCAUUUUCUGAUGAGUCCCACAUACGGAAAUUUAAGAGGCUAAUGAGUUUCAACUUGAUGAGUGAAAUGAACAGUCUCAGAGCACUUCUUGAAUCAACACAUUCUUCUGUGGUUUUCUGUCACAAUGACAUUCAGGAAGGUAACAUCUUAUUGCUGACUGAAAAAGAAAAUAGCCCUACAGACAAGUUGAUGUUGAUUGACUUUGAAUAUAGCAGUUACAAUUACAGAGGUUUUGAUAUUGGGAACCAUUUCUGUGAGUGGAUGUAUGAUUACACAUAUAACCAGUGGCCAUUUUUCAAAGCUGACUUGAAAAAGUACCCUAAUAAACAACAACAGCUCCAUUUCAUUCGACACUACCUGUCUGAAUAUUCUGGAAAUAAGCGUGAUACGACACAUGAGGAGCAGUGCAGAAUCGAGGAGGAAAUGUUGAUAGAAAGCAACAGGUUUGCGUUGGCAUCUCACUUUCUCUGGGGACUCUGGUCAAUCCUACAGGCAAAAAUGUCCACAAUCGAAUUUGGCUAUCUGAAUUAUGCGUUGUGUCGAUUUGAAGCUUACUUUAAACAGAAAAAUCAAUUUGCUUAACUCCUCGUCCCUGAAUUUUACAUGGAGUGGCAUUUAUGAAGCACAUCAUCAUCGUCAUUGCAGUGCUUUCGUUUCAGGCAUUCUUUCCUCUAGGUGUAUCCUCCAAAAAAUUAGUGGAGCACUGUAUUAUUUAUUUGUUUUCAAAAAUUGAUUUAAUACCAUUGUCUUCAGUAUCUGCAGUUGCCAACUGCCAACGAGGAAUUCUAAAACUUUGUCUUAGUAAGGGUAUAAGAGCUUUUCAGAAGAACUUUUGGUAUUGUUUCGUGGCGCUGAGAACAUUGUAAAGGAUAGUAUGGUGUUAGUUGAAAAGCUUAUCGUUUGCUGUUGGCAUUAACCUACAGGUAAGCAGAGCGGUAGUCUGCCAUACAACAGAUUCAGGAAGAGCAGGUCUGGUGGAGUCUAAUGGCUGAUAUUAUAGUCAGUAGUCGGUCUGAGUACUCUGUACCUGAACUAAAUUUAAAAUGUUCUUUACUAACACAAAGCUCAACUCUGAGCAUGCCACUUAAGCACCCCCUGCACUUUAGUUAACGUGCCUUGGAAGGGAGGGAGGAACAGUUUUUUAAACUGGAGGAAAUGGUACAGAAGAGAAUAGGUAAGACUGUAGCUUUGUUAAAAAAUAGAUAUGUACCUGAUCAACUGUUAGAGCUGCUUUGAGACAAAUUAGAUGUAGUGAUGUUUGCAUUUGAUAAGAUUAGCUAAUUAGUGCAAAUUUUUUUAGAUUUUUAGCUGAACUCCUGCAUGGUGUUUCCCAUCACAGAACUUUACCCAUCUUCAGAAUGAAAAAGUAGAUUUCUUGUACUGAGAGAUUUGCAUACACAUGCUUGUGGAAUACUGAUAGCAGUAACACAAGCCUGGUCUGUAAAGUAACAGGGGAAGUGCACACAUUUUCUCACACAGAAAGUAUUGACCUUAAAGUCAGUGACUGAAAUGUUUUAUUGCUUUACAGGUAAGAACUGUGUAUAUGUAUUUUAGCUGUUGUGUAAUUCCAUUUGUUUUGCACACAUAAAAAGAUACCAAAUUAUCAUCAGAGCAUAGAGGUGUAGCUAGGUAUUCUAGCAUCCCCCCAACUCUAAGUUGAGGAAAGGAGAGGGGGGGAGCUGUUUUUGCCUUUAAAGUUGUAGUUAAUUCCAAACCCAGAUAAAACUUUUUUUUUGCCUUUUAAACUUUAGCAAACUGCUUGCUGCUACAGUUUAUGCUACCCACUCUAAGUUAAACACUUCGGUCAUGACUGCAUAUGCAUUAUUGACAUUUGAAUGCCAGUAAUUCACUGUACUGAGGACUGUUCAACAUCUGCCGAUCACACCCUGUAGCACUUUGCACCUGGGUCAGCUGCUGCCUUCAUCCCACCUGAUUACAUGACUGUCAGAACAGAUUUGGUUAUGAGUAUAUAAAUGUGUGUGUGCAUAAGAGAGAGAUAGAGAAGGGAAGAUGCACUUCUGGACAGUGAAACUUUCAGUAGUAUCUCUGCAUCACAUUCUGACCUUGUGAACCCACAGGAACUAAAGAAGUGAAUGAGCUUCCAUGCUCAGACUAUAAACUUUAAUGCACCUAGUUAUGUAUUCCUUUUGUUUUGUGCUUUGGAAAAUGUGUUUUUGAUCCAUGAAGCAGACUUCAUAGGCCAUAUGCAACUGUAUCUUAGCAGUGGUGUCAGUGCAGGUGUGUCUGUGUGUGUGUGUGCGCGUGCGCGCAUGCGCAAUAUUAUAUAUAUAUAUAUAUAUAUAUAUAUAUAUAUAUAUAUAUAUAUAUAUAUAUAUACACACACACACAGAUAGAUUGAUAUAUGGGUCUGUGUCAUAGAACUGAAACUCAUGAGGUCGAACCCAUAUCACUGAAAACUCAUAACACUGAAAACAUUCUCUGCAAGAAAUAUAUUCUAAAAACAAGUUUUUGCAGGGGGUCAAGUCCCACACUCCCCUUAAUUAUAUAUACUUACUCUAAGAUCACACAACCUGGAGAAAAUAAAAAAAAAACACCACACACAGUGAAUCAGUGCUUAAGAGAAAAUAUGUCUAUCUACAGAUCUGGGGGUACAACAUGAUGCUGAACUUCGCAAUUCACAUACACUGUACAUGAUGACUCCCAUGAUAAGAAAUUACACCAUCUUAUACAUUCAGCACAGUUCUAUACAGUUUUACACACUUCAGUGUUAUGAGUUUUCAGUGAAGUGGGUUUGACUUUUUAGAUUAAUGUUAUGAUAGGGACCUACAUAUAUAGUUAUAUGUGAAAGAAACAAAAAUACCCUAUCGAAUGCACUUUCACCAAAAAACAAUUGAAAAAAAAACACUCACACACACAAAAAAUAACUGUUUUAUCAAGGGGGAAAGCCCCCCAUCCCCCACACAUUCUGCUAAUUAAAUGUACAAACUUCAAGAAUAUACGACAGUGGAGAAGGUACACAUUUCCUGCUAUUAGGCAAUGUGCAGUCUCACUUCGUCCCCCACACCUCCUGCUAUUUAAAUAUUCCAACUCUGAGAUCACACAGCAGUGGAGAAAGUAAAUGCAUAUAACAGCCUACUAAGGUGGGAAUUUGCUGGAAGCUUUUGACAAGCCUGACAUUCAGUUCAAAAAGCACUAAGGAAAACUAUUCAACCAAAUUAGUGGUUGAUGAAAAAUACAUGGUAAAUAUUGAUAUUCAUACGUGCACACUUAUACAAACAUGUACCAGUUCAUUCUUUUCUGUUUUAUCCCUUCUAUUACAGUUUGACGAAA